AUGCUAUUGAGAAGGGAAAAGGAAAAGCAUCUCAGGAAUCUUGUUAAGGAGGUUGAAAGCCAUUUCUUAGGUAAUGCCCUUCACCUUGCCUACCAAGCCCUGAGGAAGCUGAACUCCAGGCCCUCCUCACAAACGACUGAAGUCCGGUCACUUGAUGGACGGAUCAUCUCAAAGCAUGUUGGGGCUUGUGAACAUUGGGCUGAGUACUUUGAGAAGCUGCAUCAGGCUGACCCUCCAGCAAGUGGUGUUACAAUCCUUGUGCUGGAUUCAUCCAUCAGCAAAGUACCUCCUAUCCUUACAGAGAAUAGGGAGGCGAACACUAAGCUGAAGGGUAGCAAGGCAACAGGCAAAUGCGGUAUCCCUGCUGAACUACUGAAGGCUCGUGGGGAACCUAUGACGUACGGCUUGCAUGCUACCCUGGCUGUCUGGCACAUUCCCCCUGACCUGCUGAGGAAGGACUAA